AUGGCGUCCUCAAUCUCGGGACCUGUUCCAUUACCUGAAUCAAAGUAUGAUUUAUCAACAUACUGGGGAAGGGUAAAGCACUGUGCUGAAAUCUCUGACCCAACUAUGUUGUUGAAUUCUACUAAAGAUAUUCAAGCUGCUAAGAUAAUGAUCUGGGAAUAUCGUAAUGGUGUAAGACCUAGUAUGACCCCAGAAUUAUGGAGAGCUAAAAGGGUUUUGGAUUCUACCUUACAUCCAGAUACUGGAGAAACAGUAUUUUUACCAUUCAGAAUGAGUUCAUGUGUCUUGUCUAAUUUAGUUGUUACUGCUGGUAUGUUAACACCAAACUUAGGUCCAGCGGGAACAGUUUUUUGGCAAGUAGCUAACCAGUCAUUAAAUGUUGCUAUUAACACAGCUAAUGCUAAUAAAUCGCAUCCAUUGAGCACUCAACAGAUUAUCACAAACUAUACUAUGGCCGUGACUGCUUCUUGCUCGGUUGCCUUAGGUUUAAAUGCUAUAGUUCCAAAAUUGAAAUCUUUAAAGCCUAGUACAAGAAUGAUUUUAGGUCGAUUAGUUCCUUUUGCAGCUGUUGUUUCUGCAGGUGUAGUCAACGUAUUCUUGAUGAGAAGUGAGGAAAUAAAAAAGGGUAUCAAUGUCUAUGAUAAAGAAGGAAAAGAAGUCGGCAUAUCUCAAACUGCUGCUGUAUAUGCUGUUAGUGAGACCGCUGCCAGUCGUGUCAUAAAUGCAACACCUGUAAUGGUUGUUCCACCUUUGAUUUUGGUCAAAUUACAAAAGUCAGGUUUCUUAAAAGGCAAAUCCAAAAAGUGGGAGAUUGCUACUAACAUGGGAUUGAUUUUUACAACUGCUUUGGCAGCGUUACCUUUUGCUUUGGCAAUAUUCCCUCAAAGAAGGCAAUUAUUGGUAUCUCAAUUAGAAGAAAAAUUCCAUGGUUUAAAAGACAAAAAUGGCGAUAACAUUGAAUAUUUAGAAUUCAACAGAGGUAUUUGA